AAAUGAGCUACAUACAAUUUGAAAGUGCCCGAGAAAAAGAUAAAGCCCGCGCAGAAUUGCGUGAGGCACGAGAGGCGAUGCUGGAAGAAGCCAAGAAGCGUGCAGUUCAAAGGGCUGAACGAGAAGCUAGCAAACAAUUGAAAGGUGAGACCAACUGGAUACAUCCGGCAGUGGAAAAGAAACUUAAGAAGAAGGAAAAAGAGCUGAGCAAACACAAAAAUAAAAAGGAUAAAAAGAAAAGUUCCAAAAACAAAAAGUCCAAGUCCAGGAAAAAGCAUAAACAUCAGUCUAGUUCCGAUGAGAGAAGCAGUAAUUCAUCGUCGUCGUCGGAGAAGAAGAAAAAACACAAGAAAUCAAAGAAAUCCUCAUCCAAGAAGAGUAAAAAGAAGAAAGCCAAUGAAGAUUGUGAGCAGGAAAAAUGGGUAGAGGCACCCAAGGCUGAAGUUUCUUUGCAGCGAGACAGCUGGAUGACAGAUGCCCUAAUGUUGAAGACAUAUUCACGCGAACGUCCAAAUAAGUCACAAGAAAAACAACAAAUCGAUACAUACGAUCCUGCAAAGAGUAGCAGAGAAUUAAAUCCAUAUUGGAAAAUAACGGGUACAGGUUUACCUGGCUUUCAGAAACCCCGAGAUGACGAUGAUCAUGAUGAUUCAAAUCGUCAUUCCGUAAGGUCAUCAACAUCUCAAAGCUCUUCUAGAGGAUGGAGGAAACCCGGUGGUGAUACCAAAGAACAAUUGAAGGAGAGUAAACCUCCUCCGGUCACAACUUCUGCUAGGAAACGAUCAGCUACACCGCCAAGUGAGAGUUCUUCAUCUUCGUCGGACAACGACGAUCAUGACAAUCAUAAUACGGAAAAGAAAGAAAGUGUUUCCACUUCCGAUUUCCUAACAGAUCAACAAAUGAACGAAUUAGCAGCGAAGAUACUUAAAGCCGAAAUUAUGGGUAAUACGGCGGCCGUUGAAGAAAUGCGUGAAAAAUUGGAAAAGGCAAGAGUACAAAGAAAUCUAUUUAAGGAAAGAAAAAAAUCGGAAAUCGCUGAGAGCCGCCAACAAAAUAGAGAGAAAUCCAAGAAAAAGGCUGAGGAGCAUGUUCUGCUCACACACACUGAUCAAUCGGGACAAAGUCGUCCUUUGCCCGCCUCGAAAUUUGUUGAUCCCAGAGAUUUGUAUGGCGGCAAAAAGAAACAAAAACGUGUCAAGACCCAUGAUGACGAGGGCCAGCGUGUCCGUUACUUUGCCGAUGAUGAUCGCUAUGACAUUAAGCAAAUGUUUGAACGGGAAAAAUAUACCACCGCGUCCCAGGCUAAUUUGGAAUUUGCAGAUCUAGCCGCUAAAAAUAAAAAUCCUAAUGACGAUUUGGAAGAUAUAUUCGCCGAAAAGAUCUGCAAAGAUGAUACAUCGCGAGAGGCGCGUAGAGAACGUGAUCGUGCUAUACGAGAGCAUCAAAGAAUGGAGGCUGUGUUGGAUAAUUGCGACAGAUGUUUUGAUUCCACAAAAAUGCAAAAGGAACUGUUGGUGUCCGUGGGAGACAAGGUAUAUCUGGCAUUACCAUGGUAUCAGGGACUUCAGACGGGUCAUUGUAUGAUUAUACCCACCCACCAUGCCACAUGUUGUACGCAAUUAGACGAAGACACCUGGGAGGAGAUAAAUGAUUUCCGUAAGGCAUUGACGAGAAUGUUUGCUGCCCAGCGUAAGGAUGUGAUUUUCUUUGAAAUUGCCAAUAGACUGCAUAGACGUCCGCAUCUUGUAAUACAUUGUAUACCCAUCAAAGAAUCCGAGGGUGAAAUGGCACCGUUCUAUUUCAAGAAAGCCAUUGAGGAAUCGGAACAUGAAUGGUGUGUCAACAAACAGUUGGUUUCGUUGCGCAACAAAUCACUGCGUAGCAGUAUACCCAAGGGUCUGCCAUAUUUUUGGGUAAACUUUGGCAUGGAUACUGGGUUUGCUCACGUCAUUGAAGAUGAACAACGAUUUCCGCCAAAUUUCGCCCAAGAAAUUAUUGGCGGUAUGUUGCAUUUGGAUGCAAACAAAUGGAGACGCCAACAAAAGGAACAGAAUAUAAUAACGAAAGUUAAAAUGUUUGCCGAUUGGUGGAAGAAAUAUGAUUGUACAAAAUAA